UACGGAAGUAGCAUGGGAUUUUAUUACUAAGCAACAGAGAACCGGCGAAUUAGUAAAACGCGAUUAAAUUACACCAUGGACUUUAACCGCAUCCGUAGAACAAAUGCCAAAUAAGCCUUCGAUUAGACUCUGCAUUCCGCAGCCGUUGUAGUGAUACAGUGAGAAGUAAUUUUCUGUAUGAAUUCCAGCAGGUUACUUUGCCAUGAAUAACGUUACCUUUAAAGACGCCCCUUUGGCUGCGACAGAAAUGCAUGCAAGUGAUCACCAAAAUCACGACUCUCACUGUGGAACCGAUGUGGCCCGUGCACGAUGGGCUCUUCUGCGACAGGUGCUGAAACAGAAGCAGCUCGACAGUUCAGAUGUUCAGCAGGUGUCAGUUCGGAGAUUCUCCUCUUUUAACCUGUUCUCCAGGAGCAGAGGGACUCCCCCAGAGACGGAGGACCAGUCUGACGGCCAGUGGGUGGAGUACAGAAGUGCAAUCUUUCCCCAGUACAGUGCCUUACUCAGAGACAAUCUCGGCCCCAUUAGAGUGGAUGAGGUUCUCAGCAGCUUUGACAACACGGGAAAUGUCUGUGUCUGGCCUUCAGAAGAGGUGAUGGCCUACUACUGCCUGAAGAAACGCCACAUGUUUACGGGCUCCUCGGUCUGUGAGCUGGGUGGAGGAAUGACAUGUCUCGCCGGCCUCAUGAUUGCAGUUUGUGCUGAUGUGAAGGAAGUGCUGCUAUCUGAUGGAAACGAGAAGGCAAUUCAGAAUGUACGCAGCGUAAUUGAGAGAAACAGACGAGAAGGGCUCUUCCUGUCUACCAACGUGUCAAGCAGGGUGGUGAGAUGGGACAAUGAGGCUGAUGUGUCUUCUCUGGAGGGUCGCUUUGACGUGGUGAUGUGCGCUGACUGUCUGUUUCUUGACCAGUACAGAGGCAGUCUGGUUGAUGCACUAAGAAGAUUACUGCGACCUGAUGGCACGGCUCUAGUAUUUGCCCCUACCAGAGGAGACACACUGGCAGAAUUCAGCCGACUGGCAGAGAGCGUAGGCCUGAGAGUGUGCCGCUAUGAUAACUACGACUCACACUUGUGGGACCUUCAUCUAAAGAUGCAGCAAGAGGGAAAGGAGGUGUACGAUCAGAACAUCCACUAUCCUCUUCUACUGACUCUUACACACGGGUCCAGUCCAGCCCUGAUCUGACCUGAUCACCACUGGGCAAAGCCAUCUCAUGCCAGGCUGCCUUCCUGUACCGCCCACCCCGCCUGUGCCACUGUGUGUGUGGUUGUAUGUGUGGUUGUAUGUGUGUAUGUCUGUGUGUAUGUGAGAGCACCAGGGCUAAGCGGCCACUUAUCACACUCCUCAACUUUUUUUUUUUUUAACUACCGUGUGUGUGUGCUUUGAAAAACAAACUAUGUAGGUGAGUCACUGUGUGUGUUUGACCUGUUUACUGUGCAACACCAGUGUGAAAUGCGUUCAAUGGGAAUGGAGAACACAUCCCUCCCUCUCAUAAUAAAAAAAGAAGCUGCUGAUGUGACGCUCAGAUAUGAACUCAUUCAAUGCUUGUGAGGACGCGUGAUAUCAGAGAUGAUGAUGAUUCAGGGCAGAACCUUAUGAUUUUAUGAGUUUGACUCUGGAGGCUGAUACGGCUAAUCAGGCUGGCCUCGUAAAUGAGGCCGUCUUGAUCAUGAGAUCUCGUUAUUGUAAUGAUACCAGCUCUCAGUUCACCGUUAGCCACUGAUUCUGUAUUUACACUCAAAGGUUGAUUCUGACACCAAAGGUUAGGAGGGUUGAGAUGGAUUCUGCUGCUGCGCUGAAUGUUAUUUGCUUCACUGUGAAUUGCUCUCACAUCGAAAACUGAAAAGAUAUGACAGAUCAGGCCAGAAUUGCUGAACUGAUGUCUUGACAGUGUCACUAUACACUGCUUUACUGGUAAGACCCGCAGCACUGUUCUUCUUUAAAGAGAUAGUUCACCACAGAAGUGAUGAUUAUGUUGUUAUUUACUCAUUGCCUGUUUACAACUGAAAUUAAGAUGCAUUUUUGACAAGGCAGUUGAAGUGGAUGAUGCUAAGGGCGUACUCACACUAUGUACAGUUGCCUUGAACCAGGCCGAAGCACGCUUGUCCCCCCUCCCGUCUCCCCCGACAGCUCGCACUCAUAUUGCAUUCGCGCCUGAGCGUGAUUACGUCAUGUGCUGUUCAGUAAGGAGCGCUCUCGCUCAGCACAGUGGAGAUUUCUUUAGUUAUACCAUUUUAGUGGUUUUGGAUGCAUUGACCUGCAGUCAAAUAUUUCGCCGAACAGAUCAGCCCCUUCUGACGCUCAUAAAGAAUCAUAAAGCCCUCGUGCUGCAGGAAUUAGGAGGAUUGCUAAAGGUGCAGCUGUCGUGCAGUGAGGGGUUUGCGUCUUUAAUAAUCUACGACAGUUUGCGUUCAUUGAACAGUAAGAAUGAUUAAUGAAUCCAUACGAAACAGUCCCUUAAAAGUCACAUCUCAUCUUCAGUUUCGGGCUCAGGCGUGCUUUGCACUCACACUACAAGCGUACCGCACUAAAGUCCAAGUAAACUGCACUCUGGCACACCUAUUCCAACUGGGCCAGGGCCGGCUAACUGAACCGUGCCUGAGCCCGAUUCAGAGCAUUCACACUUCUCAAAUGAUCCGGGAAAUGGGCCUGGGCGUAGUUCGGAUAGCAUAGUGCGAGUACGCCCAAAAUUCAGGUGUGGACAGGGUCUAAAAGGAUUUGAGCCUUCUACCAUUUUCUACAUCUGAUAAUAAAAAAAAUGAGCAGAUUGCUUUUUAAUGUGAAUGUUCAUUUGGUUGAAUGCAUUCAAACUAAGAAUUAAAGGGUAACACUUUUUAGUUUAAUGUGAGUUGUACAAACAAGUAACAAUACAUUUAUUACUGUAUUUGUUAAAGGGCACCUAUGAUGAAAAUCAUCUUUUGUAAGCUGUUUGGAUAGAACUGUGUGUAGGUAUAGUGUGUCCACAGUCAUAUUGGGGUGAUAUAAAGACAAUAAGUCUCUUUUUUUUAACUUUCCUGAUGUUAAAAUAGGCCCACCGCAAUGUUUGAGGCCCACCGCAACGUGACAUAAGAGUGCGGUUUCCCGCCCACCGAAUUGAUUGACAGCUGCAUAUUAAUAGGUGUCUGUUGUAACACGUUUAAUCAUAUCCACAAGACAGGAUGUCCGCAAAUUAACUGGGAUUAAAAGAUCUGUUCAGCUCGCUGUGAUCAUCAACAUCAUCAAAUGUGAUCAAGAAUCUGUUUUACAAGUUUAAAACGUUUUUGAAAUGUUUGUAAUAUGUUACAGUGAUAAUAAAUUAUAGCGAUUUUACCGUCUGUAUCACCAAAGCUGCAUGUGAGUACAAUUAUAAAAAAAAUGCUUCAAUCCCGGUUUGUGGACGUUAAAUCAGGUUUAUUUUGUACAUUAACAUAACAGAUAUCCAUACAGCAGUGGAUAUUAACCUGUAUCCGGUCACAUUUGCCAUGCAAAAACAGUGCAAAGUUAAAUGCGCUCUGUGUGUGAGUGUGUUUGCAUGAACUUUGUAACAACAUUGCAAAGACUUGCAGAAAGACUUGAAUUAACUCCACAACUAAUACAUCAAAUAAUCAUUGGGAAGUUCUUACUGUAGUAUUUCUCACAAAUGUUACGUGAGAUCUGCUUCCUUCAAGUCUGUCACUGUGCUGUUUAUCGGACACAGCCGAGGCAGAGAUUGAGGCACACUCUGACAGGGACAUGGCAGCGGCGGGGUGGAGAACCAGCAUUAAAGGCACAGCCAACAAAAACAGCUAUUGUACUCAGAGCUGAAAAUUAAAUAUUCUGAAAGUUAUAAUAAAUAAUCUGAUGGGUGUUUUGAGCUGAAACUUUACAGACACAUUCUGGAGACACUGAAGACUUAUAUUAAAUCUGGAAAAAGAAAUAAAAUAGGUCCCCGUUAAUGUUAGUUAAUAAAAAUACAGUCGUUCCUUGUAAGUUCUUUAACUCACAGUGCAUUAACUAAUGUUAACAAGCAUGAAUUUGGAUGAUAAUAAUACAUUAGUAAGUGGUAAAUUCUGAUUAAUAAAUGCUGUAUAAGAUUUGUUCAUAUAUAGUUCAUGUUAGUAAAUACAUUAACUAAUAAUCCUUAUUGUUAAGUGUGACCAAAAGAUUCAAUGUUUAAUCAUCACUAUGGGACAUGUUGUAAAAGUCCAGUAGACAUCACAAAUAUAUUCAGUUUAUUUUGUUAUACCUGUUUCUAAGAAAUCCACUGUGUUCAGCCUAGUGUUUGCAGCCAUCAAAGGAGAAACUAAAGGUGUUGCUCUCUAAAUUGUUUUACAUUAUCUGAUAUUUAUAUUGCAUGAGUUUAUAUUACAACCUUAGAUUGAAAGAUAGAAAAAAAAUAAUGUGCUCAGCAUAUAUAAGUACACCCCUCACAAAACUAUCUUUUAAAUUAAUGUUUUUAAUAGGAAGAUACAGUAUACAAUAUUAUAUUUGUGAAUAUACAUUAGAUUAGUCAGUACUGAAGCCAAAUCUGGAGCUUAUCUAACAAAAUAACUUACGAUAACAGUCCAAAAACUAGUACACCCAAAUUUAUGUUAUAGAAAAAUAUUAAAUACAAAUUUUAAAAAGAGGAAAAAUCAAGAGAAGCUUGAUAAAUUUAGUUUAAAUUUAAUUUAUUUUGCAUUACUUUGCUUGAAUUUAAUGGUAUUAUCUUUCAAUUUCUAAAUAUGCUUGGUGAACGCAACCUUUUUUUCCUAAAUAUAUCUUUAAUAAAUCUGUUUUGUUUAAAUGCACCAAAAUACAUUGCCUAUAUUCACUGAGAAAUUGAUCAAAAUAAUUUUUUUCAAAAUGGGGUGUACUCAUUUAUGCUGAGCACUGUACAUGCGCUUGCUAAAAGAUCCUCAUCAAUGAAAUCAAGAAAACUAAAACCAUCAGGUGUAAUCAGUGAUGUUUUCCUCUUGUCUACUUGUCAUCCAAUGGUCAAAAAUGCAUCUUAAUACCUGGAGUAAAUAGAGCCUCACUAUCUCUUUAAAAUCAAUUUUGUUUUAUUUUUAUCUUAUUAAAACGAAUGUGCUCUUUUCCUUGCAGUAAAAGUAAAUAAAGACUGUAUGCAGCAUUGUUUAUAGCAGGGGUCACCGGUCUCGUUCCUGGAGGUCAGGUGCCCUGCAGGGUUUAGCUCCAACUUGCCUCAACACACCUGCCUGGGUUUUUCAAGUAAGACCUUGAUUAGCUUGUUCAGGUAUGUUUGAUUAGGGUUGGAGCUAAAAUCUCGAGGACACCGGACCUCCAGCAACAAGUUUGGUGAUCUUUGGUUUAGAGUAUAAAGGCUUAAUUUUUUUUUUUUUUUUUUUUUUUGCACUCAAAUCCUUUAAAUUGUGUAAAAUAAUGUGAACAAUGUCCAUUUUUGGUCUUUUUUUUGCAACCUGACACUGAUUACCAACUACUUUUACUGCAUGGAAAAGAGCAGCUUGAACACUCGGCUAGAAAUGUUUUUAUGAUCUAUGGAAGAAAAAAAAAUAGUAGUAAAAAAACUAAAAUAAAUAUGACUUAGUUUGCAUUUUUAGAUAUACUAGACCUUGUUCACACUUGUUAUUUCUUUAUCUUGGUUUGUUUGGUCUGGUCCAUAAAUGGAAAUGUUACAUUUAUUCCUGGUUUCCUUAAUGUUUGCACUAUACGUCUGUUUGUUUGUUUGUUUGUUUGUUUGUUUGUUUGUUUUAUUUUAAAGAAAUGCCUUCAAUGACAUAAUUCUUGGCUUAAGAAUUUACCGAAGAUCCUAAACAAUGUUUUGUGCUUUUAUAGAGCUUAUAAAGAGUAUAAAAAGAGUCAAACAGCACUAGGAAUACCUCCGCCUCAUACAAAAAACAAAUCUGCUGCAAGAGGUGUUUCUGAUGCCUGUAUUGAGCAACACCAGGAUUUUCACAUGAAAAAAAAACAGCCUUUUAAUAGCCACAUCUUUUGACAACAUAUUCUGUUUCUGGUUUGUUUGAAUGUGUUUGGUCUGUGUUGCAGUUAUAUUUCAGUCAAACUACUCAAUGGACUGAGCCCUAAACAUUUUGUAGUUUCAGUCUGUUUGUUAGUUCAGAGUCUAUUUAAUCAAACUAAACAUUGACAAGUGUGAACACCAAAAGUCUGAACUGAAUGAACAGGAAACAAUGUUUGUUUUUUCUUUCUGAUUUGUGGUGUUUCUGUUGUAUUCAGAAGAGUAUUAUUUUGCUCAAAUAUUAAACUCUAUAUCUAUUUUAUGGAUUCUGUCGGCUAAAUCUGUUAGUUGAUUUUGUUUGUUAUUCUGACACAGGGCUUUCUCACAGUAACCUUUUCUCCACUGUUGUUUUGUGCUGGUGGUGAGCCGGUGACGCCUCAUUCAGAGCUCUUUGGGUGGUUGUGAAUUGUUCAGGGCUGUGCGCUUCUGCACUGUGAUUACAUUUGUACAAAACACGGAUGAGUCCAAAGUGAUUGUUUCUCACUGACACUGCAGGUGCUUGUAACGACUGUGAUUAAAUCAUUGUUUUCAAUC